GGCGAUGGCCGGGCCUGUGAGGCCGGCACGAGCUGCUGGUUAGCGCUGAGCUCGCCCGGGGGGCAGCGGAGCUCGGGCCGCGUGUGUCGGAGCAGACAUUUCCUCUCCACCCCGUCCCCGCCUGGUCGGCAGACGCGAUGGAGGACGAGGAGAGACGGAGGAAGCUGGAAGCCGGCAGGGCUAAGCUUUCUCAGUAUCGACAAAGAAAAGCCCGACGUGAUGGGCAGACUACUAAGAAGACUAAAAAAAAUUCAAGCUAUAAACAAGAUGAACACAACUCAGAUAUUAAUGAACAAACCGAUGAGAUGUCCAUGAAUGGUUCUCAAGGUGUAGAAUCAGCCGGGGAUCCUGAUUCCACCGAAAUGAGAGCUCUUCCCUGUGAACAAAUAGAGAAGCAUAAUCAGGUCUUAGUUGAACCUGAAAGUGAAAUUUCUGUGACAGCAAACUACUACAUUUCACAAGAGGAAGAAGAAUUUGGCCUUGAAAACUCUCAUUCUGAACAAGGAGCUCAGUGCAGUCAGACCCAUGUCGAGAUGACUGAAAAUGAUUUGGCUGGGAAACAGCAUGAGAUUGAAGAACUAACUCAACAAUUGGAAGGAAUGAGGGCCACCUGUGGGACGGAAGUGCUGCAGAGGUUAUAUGAAUUUGAAGCUGCCAUCAAACAACGAGACAGCAUCAUUACUCAGCUAAUUGCUAAUUUGCAGCAAGCAAGAAAAGAGAAGGAUGAGACAAUGAAAGAAUUUUUCCAAUUGACAGAACAAAGUCAGAAAUUACAGAUUCAAUUCCAGCAUUUACAGGCCAGUGAGACAUUGCGUAGCAGCACCCACAGUACCACUGCUGCGGAGCUCGUUCAAGUGAAGCAGCAGGUCCACGCCCAACACCAGCAGCUGGAGAAGCAAAACCAUUUGCUAAAGGAUUAUCAGAAAAAGGAGGAGGAAUUAAAAAAUCAAAUCUCCUUUUUACAAGAGAAAAUUGAAGUAUGUGAAAUGGAACAAGAUAAGAAAUUAGAAAAUGCUAAUAACAAAAUACAAGAAAAGCAGCUAAUCAUUGAAACCUUGAACAAAAGAAAAAUAGAAGAAGAGAAGAAAACUGCUGCCCUGCAGAAUGAGUUAGAAACUGCUGAUAAAUUAGUAGGAGACUUAAAACAACAGCUUACAGAAAAGGACCAAGAGACCCAAAACUUAAAACUGGAGUUAGCCAAUUGUAAAGAAAAAGAGAACCAGUACGUUUUAGAAAUUAAACAGUUCAUGGGGACAGUUGAAGAACUCCAGAAGAGAAAUUACAGAGAUAACCAUAUAGAUACUGACAUAUUGCAAAGAAUGGAGAAAGAAACACAGCGGAAAUUAGACCACCUCCAAGCAGAGCUAGAUGAGAUGUAUGGGAGACAGAUAGUGCACAUGAAGCAAGAAUUAAUAAAGCAACAUCAGUCUCAGAUAGAGGAUCUUAAAUCCCAGCAUAAAGGAGAAAUGGAGACUACUUUAAAGUCAUAUGCACACACUACUGUCGGUACAUGCAAUAUGCAUAAAGAUUAUAAAGAACAACUAGAGUUAUUGAAUGUGUCGAUAAAUGAACUGAAUAAAAAAUUGCAAAAUACUCUUUCUGAAAAGGAGAACCUUAGUGAUGAGCUCUGUGUAGUCAAGAGAGAAAAAUGUGUGCUUCAGAGUCAGUUUAAUGAUCUUUUAGAAGAAUUAAACUUUUUAAGAGACCAGAUUCAUAGAGCAAGGCAGACAGUAUCUGAACAAGAAUGUAAACUGAAUGACGCACGCAGGUCCCUCAGCACAGUGAAAGAGUUGAAAGCUGAGAUCUCAGCAGCAUCCGACUUCCAGAAGGAGCUGGAGUUAAAACAUGAAUCAGAAAUUACAAAUUACAAAAUAAAGCUUGAAAUGCUAGAAAAAGAAAAGAACGAGGUACUAAACAGAAUGGCUGAGUCCCAAGAGGCGGAGCUGGAGCGAUUGAGAACACAGCUCCUCUUCAGUCAUGAAGAAGAACUUUCCAAGUUGAAAGAAGAUCUGGAAGUUGAACAUCGAAUAAAUGUUGAAAAACUUAAAGAGAAUUUGGCCCUUCACCACAAGCAUCAGAUAGAAGAGUUAGAAAAUGAAAUGAGUAAGAAGACUGAAAUUAUGCAGUGCGAAAAAGACAACUUGAUAAGUAAGCAGAAUCAGCUGACUUUAGAAAUUUGUGAGCUGAGAGAUUUACAGCAGUCCCAUAUUGAUUUGAAAUCAGAACAAAUGACUCUUCAGAUUAAUGAGCUUAAAAAAGAAAUUGAUAUCCUCAAACUUGAAGAAAAGGAAAAGCAUACACUUGAGCAAGAAAUUCAGGAGUUACAGCUUAAAACUGACCUUCUAGAAAAACAACUGCAGCAAAAAGAGGAGGACCUUCAAGAAAAAUGUACACAACUUGAAGCAGAGAAUAGCAUUCUUAAAGAUGAGAAGAAAGUCCUCGAAGACCAGUUGAAAUUUUACACUCCUACUGACCAAGAAGAAAGAUUAAUUGCCUUAGGUUCUAGUGCAUACUUGUCAAAAGGCUGUAACUGCCAAAAAGAAAUUGAUGCACUCACUAAGGAAAAGGAUGACCUGAAACAGAAAUGUAUUCACCUCAAUAAGGAGAUCGAAAAGCAAAGGAAUACAUUUUCCUUUGCUGAAAAGAACUUUGAAGUUAAUUAUCAAGAGUUACAGGAGGAGUACGCUUGCCUUCUCAGGGCAAGAGACGAUUUAGAAGACAUCCAAACUAGGCAGGCUUUGGAGUACGAAAACAAGCUUAAAGCGCUGACCGAAGAGCUCCAUUUGCAGAGAGGAAGCCCGGUGAUGCACACAGAGAAGCCUUCUGAGUUUAUCGAAGCCAAAGCUUUUAUAGUGGAACCGUUGGAAGUCAGGGAGUUAGUUGAAAAAGAUAUUACAGACGGUAAUGAAAAUGGGAGAGAAGAGUUGAUAUUGCCAACAAGAACUAUUGAACCGGCUGAUGGUAUAGUUGAACCAUGUGAAAAACUCCAGCAAGAACUUUGCGCCCUCCAGGCCAAGCAGGCCGAUUUAAAGCUGCAGAUGGAAGCCCAACGGAUAUGCCUUUCCCUAGUUUAUUCAACUCACGCAGAUCAGGUUCGUGAAUAUAUGGAAAAGGAAAGAGAUGCAGCUCUUUGCAGCCUUAAAGAUGAGCUUGUUUCUGUUCAAGAAAGAAAACUGGGCGAGCUUCAUAAAAUGCACCAGUGCCAGCUUCAGGCUCUUCAGAGACAGAAGACAGGUGAAGACAAAGAGCCUUUACAGGUGCUCAUUGGACGACUUCAAAAGGCAUUGUCUGCGGAGUGCUGCUCUGUUUCAAAGACUCUAAAUUCUUUUCUUGAUGAACACCGUUAUCCUUUAAAAUGUGAAAUGAAUAUAGAAGAGAAAGAGAAUUCUGGUGUAUACAAUGAAAUUCCAAGGUUGAAAUUACAAGAAUACAGAUACCAAGUUGAAGAUUUUCAACAUAAUAUGGAAAAUUUUCUGAGUAAAGUCACAGAUGAACACAGCAAGCUUGUGACACUACAGAUGCAGUUAAGCAAGAUUCACGAACAGCAAACAGAUGGUGUGAAACUUGAGUUUGCAGAGGAAAAUGUGGCAGGAGAGGAAUCAGGGAUUUUGUCAGCACACUCUCAGGCUGGUUUACAGAACACUGACAUCCGUUAUGAGAGUGAGCUGUCUUCUCUGCCAGAGGGUGAAGACAGUAAAGAACAUGAAAAGCAGCUUCAGGGGUUAGAGAGCCCUGUGGACACCUUAGAGCAGCAGCUGAAAGCAACUGAAGCUCAAUAUGGAACAGAGAUCCCGACGGUUCAGGGAAGCAUUGAGACCAUCCAUGGGCCGUCAGCACAUCCAAGUGUUGAAUUAGCGGUAUUAAAAGACGGUGAUUUACAGAAAACACUCUACUCUGGAAAUUGUCUACAGGAGCACACUGUCAGCAUCACAGAGUUUCCGGAUGGAUUUGAAAGAAGUCAAGAAUCAAAUAUGGUUCAAUUAACGGAAAAACAGUAUCAAGAGCGAUUAGAAGAAGAAGUUGCUAAGGUCAUCGUGUCAAUGAGUAUAGCAUUUGCUCAACAAACGGAGCUGUCUAGAAUAUCUGAAGAGAAAGAGAACUCUAUACAGUCAGAACAAGCACAUUCUCUAUGUUCGCAAGAACGCGCUUUUGAUGACAUCAUAUCACAAGGUCAAGCAUAUCCACAGACUCUUUCCAGAACUGACAAGACUUUUAAAAAACAAUUUACACCACUUAGCAGUGAAUUAGAAGAACAUAGAAAAGUUUCUUUGUCUAACCAUGAUGAUCUUAAUGACGAUGUAUUAAAGUCAAAGGACCAUGUGCUGAGUAUUUCACAAGAAAUAUUUUCCAAAGAUGAAACACUUACAGUUAAACCGUGUAUCCAGGAUGAGGUAUCAUACACAGAGACUUGUAAACAGUUGGAAGAUAUGCGGCAAGAACUUGUACGCCAAUAUGAAGAACACCAGCAGGCAACAGAACUGUUGAGGCUGGCACACAUGCGACAGAUGGAGAGGCAGCGAGAAGACCAAGAGCAGCUAGAAGAGGAGAUUAAGAGUCUCAAGGAGCAGUUAGCCCAGAGAUCUUCAAUAAACACUGAAAACGAGGUUUCUGAGAGAGAGAGGGUGCUUUUAGAGGAGCUGGAAGCACUAAAGCAGCUGGCUUUAGCUGGAAGAGAGGAGCUGUGUUGUGAGCUGCGCAACAGCAGUACUCAAACACAGGAUGGAAAUGAUACUCAGGAAGUUGAGGAACGCACAAUAAAUGAAGAGACACUGGAGAGAAAACCUGAAGAUUCAACUCUUGAUGCCAGCUUGUUCAAUGAAAGACAUGCUCUCCUAAAAGCCAAUAAUAGACUGCUGAAGAUUCUGUUAGAAGUUGCCAAGACAACUGCAGCUGCUGAAGAAACAAUCGGAUGCCACGUUCUUGGCAUGUUGGAUCGAUCUAGUAAAGUUCAGCCAGCUACCAGUCUGCUUUGGAGAUCAGAAGCAGAUGUAUCUGCAAAGCCUUCUGUUCAAGAAGGAAGUGGAAGAGUUACGGAUGAGUCUCUACCCUCUUAUCCUGGAGGUGCCAUAGCAAGAAAUGACAGCGAGUGGUCAAAAGUAAAUGAAGAAGGAGCAGACCUAUCACAGCAGUUUUGGACAAGUGUUUUUGCUGGACCUGAAAUAGAUCCUGAAAAUGUAGAGCUAAUGUUGAAUGUCAGCUCUCGACUACAAGCAGCGGUUGAAAAACUACUGGAGGCCAUAAGUGAAACCAGUAGUCAGCUUGAACAUGCAAAAGUUACACAAACAGAAUUGCUACAUGAGUCAUUUAGACAAAAACAAGAGGCAACAGAGUCACUUAGGUGCCUAGAAGAACUGAAUGAGCGUCUCCAAGAAGAGUCCAGGACCAGAGAGCAGCUAGCUGUUGAUCUCAAUAAAGCUGAGAGUAUUAUUGAUGGGUAUUCAGAUGAAAAAAUUCUUUUGGAAAGAGAAAUUCAGGAAAAGGCCUGCACGAUAGAUCAUCUAGAGCAGGAGUUGCUAUGCAUGAGCGGGAGACAAGAACUCGAGGAAGAGCAACAGCAAAUACAGGAGGAGCGAGCUUUGCUGUCCAGGCAGAAGGAGGCCAUGAGAGCAGGGGCUGGCCCAGUGGAGCAGCAAUUUCUUCAGGAGACAGAAAAACUAAUGAAGGAAAAGCUGGAAAUUCAGUGCCAAGCUGAAAAAGUACAUAACAAACUUCAGAAGCAAUUGAAAAUUUUAGAAGUAGAUGUGGAAGUAAAAACCAGUAAGUUAAUAGAAAUGGAGCAAGAGAGAAAUGCCGAGCUCGUAGAUCUAAGGCAGCAAAACCAAGUACUGGGAAAACAAAUGGAGAAACUCAAAAGGUUCAUUGACGAGCAGGCAGUUGAUAGGGAGCAUGAGAGAGAUGCUUUCCAAUUAGAAAUACAGAAGCUGGAGCAGCAACUUAAGGUUGUACCUCGACUUCAGCCUGUCAGUGAGCAGCAAACCAGAGAGGUCGAACAGUUAACUGGUCAUCUUAAAGAGAAGACAGACAAAUGCAGUGAGCUGCUGCUGUGUAAUGAGCAGCUGCAGAGAGAUGUGCAGGAACGAGACGACGAGAUAGAGAAGCUGGAGUGCCACGUGCGGGAACUGGAACAAGCCCUGACUGCCAACUCUGACGCCUUCGCAAAGAUAAAUGACCAGAAGCAUUUUGGAGAUAUAGAGGCUAAAUCUGAAAUUUCUCUGGAAGUUCAAUUGCAGGCUGAGCGGGAUGCUAUAGAACGAAAAGAAAAAGAGAUUUCUAACUUGGAAGAGCAGUUAGAGCAGUUUCGUGAGGAACUGGAAAAUAAGAAUGAAGAGGUUCAGGAGCUCCACAUGCAGUUGGAAAUACAGAAGAAGGGGUCCACCACUCACUUGCAAGAGCUCCAGCAAGAAAAUAAACUAUUUAAGGAUGAAAUAAAAAAACUGGAGUUUUUCCUGAAAGACUAUGAUCCCCAGUUUUGUCAUGAUCAGCCCAUGUUGUUUGGGGAAUUUUCAAGGCUAAUUCAAGGAAAGGAUGGCAGAAUUGACCAGUUAAAUGAACAGCUUGUUAAGCUUCAGGAACAACGGGAAACAGACAAGCAGGCCAUUAAAGAAAAAGAUGAACUUAUAAAGGAUCUUGAUGCCCAAAUCCAGUGUUUGAUGUGUGAGCAAGGAUGUGUGAAGAAAAAUGGAGAGGAAGAAAUAGAGCAGCUCAAAGGAGUAACUGAAAAUUGGCAGCAAGAGUUGGCAAGCAUUGAACAGAAGACAACAGAAAUCACAUUCCAUCCCCCAGAUACAGAAAGCCUCCAGUGUACACUAGAUAAGGUGAGAGCUGAAGAGAAGACUUCGGAACAAAAAGCAGAAACUGCCAAUGAGGAAAUGGCGUGCACAAAACGUACUCCUAAAGAAGCCAGUUGUAAAAUGGAUCAGCUAGCACAAGAACUGUGCAUCCUGAACAAAGGACACAUGGUCCAGGAGCAACUGCACUCUGUACCUAUGGAAAGUGUUGCCAUGGCUGCCGAUGAGCUCCAGGCUGAUGCACUGCAGCCAGAAGAUGUCUCUGCCCAGGACUCUUCUGAGCUUCUAAAGACCCUGACUUCUGUCGGAUGCCUUAAAGAAAACACCAAGGGUUGCAGAAGUCUAGAAAUAAAGUUACUAGGACUGGAGAGUUCUCUAAGAAAGAAGGAUUUAGAACUAAUGCAGUGUCAUAAACAAAUAAAAACCAUGCAAGAGCAAGGCCAAUCAGAACCAGAAAUGCUUCAAAAGAAGAUCAAAACUCUUCAGAGUUUACUUGAAGAGAAAGUAGCUGCAGCCAUCGUUAGUCAAGCACAACUGGAAGCCUUUCAGCAGUAUGUGAAGAGCUUCCAAGAGAAGAGAGCAUCAGAACCUGAAAGGACAGAUGGGCCCAAUGUAAAUCCUCUGACAGGAGACAACUUAGAGUCAGAUGUCUACACAUUAUCUGUGAGAACCACAGAGUUAAAGAACCAAGUAGCUGAAAUGCAUUCUAGUUUUAUAUCAGAAAAACAACAUGUGGAAAUUACAGAGAAAAAGUUUUCUGAUACAGAAAAAAUGCUAGAGCUACAGAUGCCUUCAGAGGAGGGCACUAAGAAAAGGCGGGAAGUUGAAGAAAAAGAAAGAAGCCUUCAAGAUUUUGAUAUCUCCGAGGUGUCCUCCAUUCCUGGAUUGGUGUAUUCUAAUGCUCACCAAACCAGAGAAAUACGUUCAAGUGACUCUGAGUCUGAUUGGGGCCACGGGUUUGACACAGCAUCAGAAGGUGGGGAAGACGGUGAAGGUUCAGCUGGUGCAGUCCCAAGGGCAGUCAAGGGAUUAUUGAGAGCAGUCCAUACUGAGGGCAUGCAGAUGCUUUCUCUUGCUGACUCCCCUGAGGAUGAUGGAGAGGACCAGCCUGAACAGAAGGUUUCAGAAUAUUGGCUAGAAGAGAGAAGAACUUUCAUCUCUACUAUCUUAUCUCUUAAAAAUUUAAUUUCCAAAAUGCAAGUGCAAAGACAGACUGAGGUCUGUGGCCAGUCUCUGUCACUGGAGAGCCUCCCAGAUUGGCGAGGUGAACUUUUGCUUGCCCUUCAGGAUGUACUCUUAAAGGAACGGAGUGUAUUACUAGCUGCCUUCCGAACAGAACUGAUGUCUCUUGGAACUAGAGACACUGAUGGAUUGCUGAAAUGUUUGCAACAGAGAGUACAAGAACAGAGCAUUGAGUAUCAAGCAGCUAUGGAAUGUCUCCAGAAAGCAGACAGAAGGAGUUUGUUAGCCGAAAACCAAUUAUUACAUGCUCAAAUCAGUGGCAGGGAAGUGACUGUGAACAGAGAACAAGAAACUGACACUGCAAGCCAAGAACUCCUCGACUGCAAAAUGCAACAGUCUUGCAGGCUGGAGGUGCAAGGUCAGCACGAUGGCAUGACAGACAGAAUGGCUGAGCUGCAGGAACAGCUCAGUUCAGAAAGAAUGGUGGUUUCAGGAUUAAAAAAUGAACUUUCACGGAUACAGCUGGAGCUAGAAACCACACUGAAGGCCCAGCAUGAGCACCUAAAGGAAUUGGAAGUAUUCAGACUAAAGGCAAAUGAAGUUCAUUUGCUUAGCGAUACAUUAGCAAGAGAACGGAAGAAAUCCCAAGAACUUCAAUGUGCCUUGGCAGCAGAGAAAGCCAAGUCAGGCCAUGACGAAGAACAGGAUAAAGAACUUAAGGCUCUAAGAUCCACUCUAGAAGAGCAGAAACAGAAGAACAUACACUUAGAUGAACUUUUGGAACAACAGAGGCAAUUACUAAAUGAUUUGCAACAACAAAUAGAAUCACAGAGAAUGCUAUAUGAUACGCAGUUGUCAGAAGAACAAGGCCGGAACUUAGAGCUUCAGGUUCUUCUGGAGUCUGAGAAAGUUAGGAUCCAGGAGAUGAAGGACACCCUAGACAAGGAGCGGGAGCUGCACAGCAAUGGGGUGCAGCCCCGGCCAGGCUUCCCUCCUGGGGAGCUAUUUCAAGAGCUGCAAGAUCAGUUAGAAGAAAAGCAGAAACGCAUAAUCGAACUCGUGAAUGAAACUCAAAAGUACAAACUGGAUUCCUUGCAAGUGAAACACCAGAUGGAGAAGGACAGGCAGGUCCACCAAAAGACACUGCAGGUGGAAAAAGAAGCGAACAGCCUGGGCCAGCAGAAAAUGGAGGAGCUGCAGCGCAAAGUGGAGGAGCUGCAGCGCCAGCUGCAGGAGAGCAGGCAGCAAGUGCACAAGCUCGACCUGGAAGGGGAGAGGUUUCACAGGCUGAUGCAGGGGUUCCAACAGCGGGAGCAGGAGUGGGAGCGCACCGGAAAACGCCAAAGUGGACAACUCCUGUGUCAGAACAUUAGUGAGGGAUCUACUUGGAGUUUUACUGAUGACCGAACUAGAAAUUGGGUUCUUCAACAGAAAAUGGAAGGAGAGAGCAAAGACACAAGCUAUGCAAAAUUGUUGGAAAUGAAUAGAGAAAAGGAUGACUCUAAUAAUGACGUGGAAAUUAUCAGACAGAAACUUCAGCAUGUGGCUACGAAACUUCAACAACAUAUAGCCCAGAAAGCCUGUGACAGACUAGAGGUUGAAGUAUCAGAUAAAGAUGCUUUAAUUUGGGUUCAAGAAAGAAUUGAUCGAAUUAUUUUUCGAGUACAGAGACUAAGGGACCGACAAGAAGAUGAGCACAGCUUAGUAUCCUCAAGUUCCUCUUGUGGCUCUCUAAUAGAAAUGACUUUGAAACAGAAUUCUGAACUAACCGGACAUAUUAACCAACUAACUGAGGAAAAGAAUCACUUACGGAACAUUAUCAUGCAACUGGAAGAACAGAUAAAGUUUUAUCAGCAGACAAGAACUGGUAGAAGCUGUUCCUCUAGAUUUUCACUUGAUCGCGGUGCUAACAUCGAGGACAUCAUUGCUUCAGAAAAGGAAGUCUGGAACAAAGAGAAGUUGGCUCUUCAGAAAUCCCUGAAAAGGGCUGAAGCGAAAGUGUGCGAACUGAAAGCAGAACUGAGAAAUGAUGCCUUACAUCAGAAUCAGAGCCCUGACUCCGAGAACGCUGCCUUCAAGAAAAUUUAUGGUAAAUACUUGAGAGCUGAAAGUUUCCGAAAAGCUCUUGUAUUUCAGAAGAAAUACUUGUUGCUGCUCCUGGGGAGAUUCCAGGAGUGCGAAGAUGCCACCCUGGGGCUGCUUGCCCGCAUGGAAGGAUACUCAGGGUUUAGAGACGCUGAGAUGGUCCCCGGCCGCACAGAAGGACUCACCAGGUUUCGAACUGCCAUUAGAGUGUCUAUCGCAAUUACUAG